AUGGGACAGUCUAUUGCAAUCUCCGGGCUCCUCGGUCUCCCGGUAUCUCCCGUAUCGGCGUCUCAAUCCGCGGAUAUCUCCGCCAUCAAAGCUGCAAUCAUGACGGUGGGGAAGAGCUCUAAGAUGCUGCAGCACAUCGACUUCAGGAUGCGCUGCAUUCUUCAGGACGGUCGUAUUUUCAUCGGGACGUUUAAGGCCUUCGACAAACACAUGAACCUGAUUCUGUGUGACUGUGACGAGUUCAGGAAGAUAAAGCCAAAGAACACGAAGCAACCGGAGCGCGAGGAGAAAAGGGUUCUCGGUCUGGUUCUGCUGAGAGGCGAGAACCUGGUGUCUAUGACGGUAGAAGGACCUCCUCCUAAAGACACCGGCAUUGCCCGUGUGCCCCUGGCAGGUGUGGCAGGAGGUCCUGGAGUGGGCAGAGCGGCGGGCAGAGGUGUGCCCUCAGGCGCCGCCAUGGCAACGGUGCCUGCGGGACUGGCAGGUCCUGUGAGAGGAGUGGGUGGGCCUUCCCAACAGGUCAUGACUCCCCAGGGCAGAGGCACAGUUGCCGUGGCAGCAGCCUCCAUCGCAGGCGCCCCCACACAGUACCCCCCCGGCAGAGGAGCCCCUCCUCCUAUGGGCCGUGGAGCCCCCCCAGGUAUGAUGGGCCCACCCCCUGGCAUGCGCCCGCCAAUGGGACCUCCAAUGGGGAUGCCCCCUGGUCGAGGGGCCCCCAUGGGCAUGCCCCCCCCAGGCAUGAGGCCCCCACCCCCUGGGAUGAGAGGGCCACCCCCCCCUGGAAUGAGACCGCCCCCCCGGCCCUGA